CCAUCGUCCACCCGCCUGCCCGGGGACCCAGAACUGACCCAUUCGACAUCACGACCCUUCCCGGCGCAGUUCCACACCCAACUUCACUGAGUACCACAGACAUCCCAGCACAUUAGCAACAGCGCAGCGGAACUCAUUCAAAAUGGCGGGCCUCGAGCAUUACAAGCUGGCCCAGGACCCGGCGUUCGUUCGCCUGUCCAACAUGACCAACAACCGCUACAAGUACUUCCGUUGGACUCCCCGCACCGCCGGUAUUACUUUCGCCUACAUGGUUGCCGUUCCCGGUAUUCUUGGGUACAUUGCUUACAAGACUGAUGGCAAGUACGACUUCCGCGCUAAGCGGAGAGGUGAUGACAUGCGGGAGUAUUAAAGAGAUCUUAUGAGAGGAAUCAAAGGGGCUUGCGAGGAUGUAUACAUGUGGUAGACUACUGGCCGCCGCUCGUCAAAGAGUCUGAGGGGAUCACAGAACCCGAGGAGGCUGGGCCCAUGGAAACAUAAUAUUAGAAUCACUCCUCCAGAUCGCUUGAGUUCUUGCGCGCAUACAUCCGGAAUGGUGAUACCGAGCCAACAUCUCCCUUCUGCUCUUGAUGCCGUUCUGGCGCAUUAACUGCCAUCAAAUAAUUUCUGUGUCCUCC